AUUUGUAUACAAAUGUGAAUGACACAAAACAAGGAAAUUCUGGGGAAUAAUGGCAUAUGUUGCUAAACAUCCCUUUAUUCAGUCAUUCCAAAAAAAUUUUUCAAAUUCCUUUAAACGGAUAAUCAUGACUCUUGAUAUAUUUUCAGUUUCUUAGAUUCUAUUGAUAGUGCUAAAUGCGAUGAUGUCAGCAAUUUUAAGUCGUCAAUCAUUAAGCUGAUUGCGUCAUUGUUACAUAAUCUAUUAUGAUUUUCUGUUAGAUCCCGGUUGCGUGCGUUAUCAUUUAGUGUGGUGCGACUAUCCUUUUCAAAUAAGCUGGCGAGGUCUCAUUUCCUUGUUUUUCUUCGAGAAGUUAAAAACGUCUUUAAAAUGUCAGAGAAAGGCAUUAUUAGAAAGGCAGUAGACAUUCCACCAAGAACAAAGUUCCGUUUAUUGCUUACUGCCUCUAGUCUUACUGGCCUUUCUUAUCUACUCACAAUCAAUAAAUCUUUCCUUAGUUGGAUAGGUGGCUGGUUGCGAUGGUGUCCUACUUCGACUGAGCUCCUGGAACAGGCGGAGGCAAAAAUGUUUUCAUAUCUGGAAAAACCUCCUGAAACUACUUUUGUCCCAAUAAAUUUGAAUGAAGAAGAUGGAGAGUACAGAAUAAGAACUUUUAUGGCUAAUAGAGAAGCAGACGAGAAAGUCACUCCUCUUGUACUUCUUCAUGGGUUUGCAUCAGGAAUUGGACUUUGGGUAUUAAACAUUGACAGUUUAUCGCAAGAUAGGCCAUUAUAUGCUCUGGAUAUUUUAGGUUUUGGGCUGAGUUCUCGUCCUGUUUUUAAUAGGGAUGCUGAGGUAGCUGAAAAUCAAUUUGUGGAGAGUAUCGAAGCAUGGAGAAAAAAGGUUGGAUUAAAAAAGUUUAUUCUACUUGGUCACAGUAUGGGAGGAUUUCUAGCAACUGCAUACAGUAUAAAGUAUCCAGAAAGAAUACAACAUUUAAUCUUAGCCGAUCCAUGGGGGUUUCCUACUCCUGAUUUAAGUGCAAAAAAAGUUGAAUUGCCAAUAUGGGUGAAAGCUAUUGCCGCCAUGUUAAAACCAUUUAAUCCUUUAGCAGGUCUAAGAGCAGCUGGGCCAUGGGGCCCAGGUCUGGUGAAACGUCUGAGACCAGAUAUAUUACGAAAAUUUGAAAAUAUUGUUGCUGAUCCAUCAGAUGUUGGAAAUUAUAUUUAUCAUUGUAAUGCUCAGUAUCCAAGUGGUGAAGUAGCAUUCAAAGCUAUGAGUGCUCCUUUUGGCUGGGCCAACCGUCCUAUGAUAGAAAGAAUUUCUCAGUUGAGACAAGAUAUCCCUGUCAGUUUUGUUUAUGGAGCUCGAUCUUGGAUUGAUAGCAGUUCUGGUUACAAAAUUCGUGAAAUGCGAGAGAAUUCUUUUGUUGAAAUUAAGCUUAUUCAAGGCGCUGGUCACCAUGUUUAUGCAGAUAAAGCUGAUGAAUUUAAUGAAGUUGUUUCUAAAAUAUGCAAAAAAGCUGAUGUAAGAAGGGUAUCAACUUAUAGUGGAAAAAGUACAGAUAUUUCCAGUGCCACUUUAAAUGUAGAUGGUGGUGAAGAAAAGAUAAUUUUAGAUAAAGUUCUAUAAUUUUUCAUGUAUUAUCACACAUUUAAUAAAAAAAGGCUAUGUUGUGUUGUAUGAAAGAUUAUCUGAAACAUUAAUUCACUCAUGUUUUGCAUUUUCAAUGUAAUUUACGUAUUAAUUUAUCAUAUAAAUUGAAUUUAUAUAAUAUGAUAUUCAUAUAUCGACAUCUAUAAUUUUUUUCUGUGUGUGCAGUGUUAUUUAAUUCUGUGUAAUUUUAAAAAAUGACUGCAUAAGUCGGAGUAUUUGAAAACGUAAGAUUUUUUAAAUAUUUUUGUAUACUAUUAUUUAUGCUUAUAGUAUCUAUAUUGUAUUAAAGUGCAAUUUUUCAAGUGAAUCAAUGGCAAUAAUGACUUUUUUUUUUUUUUUGAUAUUGGAUGAAAAUUGCAGCAAUUUGAAAGAAAUUUAAAGAAAAGGCUUUCUUUCAUUAGAGUUUAUAUAAAAAUUUUAAUGAAUUUAUACAUUAUGGACUUUUAUGAGCUUAUGAAACUUGUUUGCAACUUUUUGGAGCAAUCUGUGUAUUAUUUUUAUAAAUAAUGCAUAUGAUGUGCUGAUGUCUUAUCAAUUUUUUUGCAAGAAAAAUCAUAAUUUUUACUGUUUUAUUGAAAUGGCAAACUAGAUAAUAUGUCAAAGCAGUAUUCUUUAUUUACAAAUAGCAUUUUGCUUUUGAUAGUACUUAUUGGAAAUUAUUUUGUUACCACUGCAUAAAGAAGUUUAGAAUGGUUGUUAGUUGCUGUAGUUACAUGUAUAGGGAAAAAAUGUUAUUGAGAUUUGUUUCUGUUAUAUCUCUACCUGUUAAUUAUUAUAUUUGUAUGAAUUUAGACAUUUGUAGAUUUAUUUUUUAUGCUCAUAUUUUGAUUAUUAGUGUUGAUAUGCGAGCUUUCUUUCAAAACUUGUUUUCAUAUUUCUCAUGUGUUGGUUUAUUGUUAUUGAUUAUCUUACAUUUCUUUUUUGUUACUUAGUUUCUUUGAUGCAGACUUCAUAUUCAUUUAACUUCUAAUUUAGGUAAAUUUAUUAUUUGUUCACUCAUAAUUUUAAACUAUUAUUCUUAUAAGAAUAUAAUAAAAAUUAUUUAUAACAUAAUUUUUUUAUUCAAGUAACGUUUAUCUAUUAGACUUUUUUUUUUUUUUUUGCAGAAUCAAUUAACAAAUUUUUAUUUUUAAUUAAAAAAUUUCAGUUAGGUAUGUAAAUUUUUAGUCUUUGCAAAUUAUAUAUUGUAAGAUGUACUUAAAAUUUUUUGUUCCGAUGUGUAGAUUUGAAACAUACUUUAUUUAAUAAAACAAUGUAAUCUGUGACAAAUUUCAUA